UGUGUGUGCGUUCGUGUGUAUACUGGAAGAAUUUGUCUUUCCUAAGAUUACAACGUGUGUGUGUGUAUGUGUGUGUGUGUGUGUGUGUGUGUUAGAGGGGGUUGUUAUUAGUUUGAGAGCUGUAGAAUGAUUGGAGAAGUAAGGUUCAGUCUGGUUGUGUCAUUGGAUGGAGCAGACUGCCACCCAUUUCCUUACUCUACACAUCCCCAAAAACUACUGACCCUUGGACUGGAGUAUCACUGGAUCUCACUUGUUGUCUCAGUUCAGAAAUCACAAGGUGUUCAGGAACAUCACUCAGUCUUAACGAUGGGAGACGUUGAAGAUACAGAUGCUGACUUUGUGUAUGAUUAUGGACUGAUAAGAAGAGGAGGGUUGAUCUUUGCAGGUGUAAUCUCUGUCCUUGCCGUUGCCAUCAUUUUCAGUAAAAAACUCAGCUGUGGAAUGAAAGCAAAGCUUUCAGCCAAAGAUGAAGUUGUUUGAUCUUUGACAACAUGGAGGAGUUCACCAAAUCCAGCUCACCUAACUGCUUGUGUCCAACAUCUGCCACAACCAAGCUGUUUUAAAAUCACAUCCUCUCAUAUGUAUACCUGCAAAUAUAUGUACAUUUCUUGUGGCAUGCAAUACCAAUUUUGUCCACAGGGCGUAGCAAUUAAACAGGUCAAUGUGACACUUAUGGUGAUGUUCAUGCCCCUCAAAAGAGUUGUCAGUUCACCAUAAAAUUGCUUUGAAAAUUAAACAUUUGCAGUCUUGCUA